UUCUGAAUAAUAUAAAGUAAUUUCGUGUCUUUCUUAUACCAACCCAAAAUAAAUAAACAAAUAAAAACUCUAAUCUUCCUGCAUACGUACGUUUGCGUAUUACAUUUAAGUAUUAUCCUAUGGUAGUAGACCUUUUCAAUUGAUUCUUUUCUUUUUUACAAUUAACCCAAAAUAGAACUGUAAAAGUUGUCUAAUCUUCAUCAGCAAAUAGAUCUGAGAGAGCUAUGCCUUGAUCUGAUCUAAUUUCCACUCCAAGAAACCCAAAUGGAGACACAUAUAGAGAAUUUCCUAAACAAAAUUUCAAUUCUUUGCAUAACAGUAUCAACAAUCAUACUUCUCCAUCUUUACUUUGAAACACCAGCAACAUGUGUAGCACCCAACACACCCGUCACAAAACCCCACCUCAAAUUCCCAACAUCAACCUGCGACCCAUCCCUCAAACACCGGCCACAUCUGCCACUCUCCAAAAAAAACCAACGCCUCUGGUCCUCAAAUGCAUGGCUUUCUCAAGUUGCUUCUUACACCACAUUCUUUUCACAUCUCCAAAACCUCCAUCUCCUACAUAACAACUCUAAAGUCCUUUGUGUCUCUGCUGGUGCUGGCCACGAAGUCAUGGCUUUGAAUAAAAUAGGUGUUGUUGAUAUUACGGGUGUUGAGCUGGUUGAUUCGUUGCCGCUUGUUAGAAAGGCUGAUCCUAAUAAUUUACCCUUUUUUGAUGGGGUUUUUGAUUUGGGUUUUAGUGCCCAUUUAAUGGAGGCUUUGUUUCCGGUCAGAUUUGUGGGGGAGAUGGAGAGGACUGUGAGGAAUGGUGGUGUUUGUAUAGUGGUUGUUGGACAGUGUGAUGAUAAUGGGGUUAGUGAAAUUGUUAGAUUAUUUAGGAAGUCUAAGUUUGUUGGUGCUAAGAAUGUUACUUUGAUUGGAAGGAAGAUUACUAGGAUUAUUGUCAGAGUUGGUGCUUCUUCUUCCUCCACGGCGUGAAUGGCUUUUGAUCUUUUGGUAACAGUUUUUUCUUGUCCGAUCUUAUGGUAUUCAAUUGGUCGGAAAUUAGUAACCUUCGUUAACAAUGCAGUGGAAUGAGAUUGGGGAAAGAAAGACCUUCUCAAUUUAUGAAUGAAAAUCGAAAGCUGUGUUACCUUCAUAUGAUACAUAUUAAUAUUCAGACCAACAGGUAAUAUUAUGAGCGUCAGGUUCUAUGAGCAAUGUAUUGUCCAAAAUGCUGAGUUACUUAAUAAGAUUUCUGGCAAUUGCUUCAUUUUGAAAAUGUUCAAUGUCUAAUAAAUGCAUUUUCCAAAAUACA